UAGUACUGUUACUAUAGCAGCCACUACAAUAUUAAAAGUUCCAGUGGGAGAGAAAAGAGUGUACAAUUUAAAGCUCUUUCUAUGACAACGCGUAAAGGCACGUCUAGGAUUUUGGGUAGAACACGAGUUGUGACGCAACGCAGUGAUACGUCAUCCUCCUGAGUAGACGUACGGUAUGUGACGUAGUGCAGCAAUGAAUCGAGGGAACUUGUUUCACAGCGAAAUGGAAACACGCCGAGCUUCGCUGCAGAGGGAUAUUGACUUCUUACAAAAGCAGCACAAAGAAACUCUGGAGAAAUUACACAGCGAAAUAGAUUUGUUAAAACGGGAAAAUAAAGAGCUGCAGUAUAAGCUGAUAAUGGAGCUCCCAAAGUCGAGCAGUAUAGGAUCCAGCCGGAGAAUCUGUAAGCAUACAGACAACGACGAGUUCCAGAGACACGGAAAGAACUAUCUGGAACAGACUUUGGAGGAAACCUGCUCACCACAAGCCACAGAGAUCAGUCAUUUACAAUAUAGAGAAACCAGAUCAAGUUCCCUCACAGGGGACAGAACCAAUGAUCGUUCAGAAGUCAAAGCAGGGUUCAUCACUUCUCUACAGCCUCUGAUGAUCCAGUGUAGUCCAUCUCAGACCCCUCGACAUCCCACCCUACAGGAAAGUGAGCUAAUCAUACGCCAGCUGAACAACGCUAACAGCCUGCAGUCCCAGGAGAUCCAACGUGUGAAAGGCGUUCUCAAAGACAUUGGAUUCAACAAGAAAAUAACUGCAGAGAAUUUACAAGUUUACAAAAAUAUUUUGACCAAGACUUAUCUUGCUGAUGGUAAAAGAGCUGAUGAAUCAGACACGUUUCCCCCGCUUUCUCACCAAACACUGCCUAAAGGACUACCUGUGUCUCAGGCUAGUAAAGCAGAGAAAGUGAUGCUCCCUGCCCUCAAACAGCCCCUCAAUAACAUAGCAGACAGACACAGGAGGACUCAGGCUGUGCAGAGACGUCGUCUACAGAGGAAUAUGCGCUGAAGGACCAAUCAUGCGG